CUAAGCGAAACCAUCCGAUUUUGAAAUAUAUGGGAAAUAAAUAAAUAAACGUGGUGGUACCACGUGCUUCUCACGUGGCAAGAAGUUGGCCUUCAAUAAGCACUGGAACAAACUUUGAAACAUGGCCGAUGGAGGUUCAUCCCUGCAGGUCUUCGCUCUGCGCCUGGCCCCUGGUGAGGAGCUGCUCUCCUCUCUGCUCUCGUUUGUGGAGGAGAGGAAACUCCGGGCCCCGUUCAUCAUCACCUGUGUGGGGAGCGUCACCAAGGCAACGCUCCGGCUGGCAAACGCCACCGCAGGGAAUACCAAUGAGGUGAUUCAGCUGAACGAGCGCUUUGAGAUUGUGUCUUUGGUGGGAACACUGAACAAGGAGGCUCAUCUGCACAUCUGCCUCGCUGAUAAAGACGGGAAGACUGUCGGUGGUCACGUCCUCGGUGACCUGGAGGUGUUCACUACGGCCGAGGUGGUCAUCGGAGAAGCGACCGACCUCCAGUUUAGCAGAGAAAUGGAUGCACACACUGGCUUCCCUGAGCUGGUCAUUCAUCCUCGCUAUGAGAAAGCAGUUUAACUGCUGUGGCAGGUGACAAUUACCAGUAUCCUUGUUUUGUUGGUGUUUAUAAACUAACUACAAACUGGGUGAAUUCCUGUGUUUCUGCUUUUCAUAAAAUUGAACAUUUAUCAGUGUUCAGCAAUUUCUUCACAGCUGGAAACCAUUUAAAAUGAGUUUUUAUUUGACAGACAUUUCAUAUUAGGCUGUUAGGAGAUGGGUAUCUCUAAGAAAUGUUCAUGUUAAAAUACUAUACAUGCACAGUAUAUAUGAUUGUACUCCAUCAGUCUGUCCAUUCCUCAAACACAAGGAGAUGCUGUGUGGUGAAGAGCUAAAGUACUAAGACCAAACUAACAUCCCAAAUAUUUCUCAGAUCUGUUUGAGUAUGGAUGAGGAUAUUUAGCUCCAAAACAGUCAGUAAGAUCCACUUAAAUACCGUAAUUUUCUCAACUAUUAGCUGUGGCUUAUAUAUUGAUUUAGCAAAAUGUAUUCAGCUAUGAGGUUAAUACAGGGGGGCAGUUAAUAUGGUUUUGUCUUUUAAUUUGCAUAAAACACUGUCAUGCGGCUAAUACACAGGAAAUUACUGCAGAAUUAAAGCAUGUUCUCUUUU